UUUAUAGAGUGUUUAAUCUAUCUAAUUAAUAGUAGUAUAUUAUAAUCUUAGUGUUUAGUGCUUAGUGGGCUAUAAGUUUACGUUAUAAACUCCAUUCACGAUGGAAGCCAUCAGACUAAUUCCUAAUGAAAUGGUUAAACUCGUCCCAUUAUUAGAUGGCGAAUAGCGUCAUCUAAACUUGUUCAUUCGAAAAUGCGAGUACAUAAUAGAUAGGUUUCGCGGUUAUGAGGCUCAUAAUCAGUAUGUAAUAGAAACACUGACCAGGCGAUUAAUAGGGAACGCAGCCUCCCUUACCAGUGAACGCGGAGACAUUGAAAUAUGGGACGAGUUAAGAGCUUUACUUACCCAGCAUUUAAGAAUGUAUAAACAUAGAGCUUUACUGGACCAAUCCGAAUUUUUACGAAAAGAAGUGCUUUAUCUCGGCCACACAAUUACCAAAGACGGACUGAAACCUAACGACGAUAAAAUAAGAAAUAUAUAACUAUCUACUACCAAGAACUACAACAGAGAUAAAAAGCUUUUUAGGACUGAUCGGCUACUACCGUCGCUUCAUAAAAGUCUUCGCUAAGGUCACGCAACCCCUAACUUCUUGCUUGAUGAAACGUAAUAAAAUUAUAAUAAACGAAGCCUAUACCAACGCAUUUGAAAGAUGUAAAGAGCUGCUAACGACUGUACCUUUGUUUGAAUAUCCUGACCCAGAAAAACCAUACAUACUUACUACCGACGCGUCUUCAGCGGCUUUAGGUGCCAUAUUAUCUCAGGGCACGAUAGGAUCGGACAAACCCUAGCGCUCAGUGACACGGAGAGUCGCUAUAGCACAAUAGAACGUGAGCUACUAGCAAUAAUCUGGUCUGUGAAACAUUUUCGGCCCUACUUGUAUGGCCAUACAUAAAUUUUACAUCUAUACAGACCAUAGACCUCACAUAUUAAAAAAGCAAAUAAUGACGACUAUAGCAGAGUGUCUAAAAGAACCAGUAGUUGAAGAAAGUUGUAUGCCAAGUUUAUCUCACAAAGACAAUCCUCAUACAAGUUCAGAUUUUCAAACAGUUGGACAAAAUGAAUCAGAAAGCGGAGUGAUAUAUGAGCAGAAAGCAGACGAAUCAGUUCAAUUUUCAAUUUACAAAAAUACUCGACAAUAUUAUAACCGUUAAACACAACGUACAGCUAGUAUAAUAAGCGAUGACUUUGUUUUAGACACUGGCUUUGUAGUAACAAUAGUCAAUUUACCGGAAUUUUCUAAGGGUUGACUUCGCUUUUUUAUAAAUUUACACAGGUCAGCAUAUUCCGGAAUAUCAACAUCUGACUCUAAUUGUAACUCAAAAGCUUCUCUAGUAGCUACAUCAAGCUUGGACCAUAACAAAUGGAACAGCAUAAAAUUUCUAUCUGGUAACUGGUAUUUAUCUAAAAUUUCAAUAUUUUCUUUAAAAGUACGAAAAACUCUAUUCAAUUCUGUACUACUUUUAGACCUCACAGAUUCACAGUGUAAUAAUUUUUCAUAAAAUAUUGACGCUUUUCAAAACAUUGUAUGCAUUUAAAUAAUUCUCAUCGGAGAUUGGAUAAUUCUUUAUUAAAUCCAAUGCACAUCCUCGAACAUAGGUCAAUAAAUAAUGUAGUUUUUUACUUUGUGCACUAAACUCAUCGAGGGGAAAAAAUCCGGAGAAAAAAUAAAUGGGAUGUUGAACGACGCAAAAGAGUGCUUUGGACUUCAAGGAAUAAAGCUCCACCCUGUGACUGAUGCUGGAUCAAAUGUCCAACGAGCGAUUCGACUUGCGGAUCUAGACUCCCAUUUGUGCUUAGGCAAUGGUUUACAUAACCUGGUGACUGUAGAUGGAAUUGACAGUGUACCCGAAUUAUCAUCAUUGGUCAAAAAAUGCAAAAAGAUAGUCAAGACGGUUCGCUAUCGUUUACCAGAGUUAGAACGUUCUGCUAAAUAUGAACAACUAAAAAUUUUACAAUCUAUGGAAGAAGUAUCAAACCAUUUAGAAAUGGAUGAAAAUCAGCCAAUUGAUAAUGAAGAGCCCGAACCAUAUUUGGUUUGCGAAUCGCAAACCAUCAGCGAUGAAUUCGGUAACAUAAAUCAUGUGCCGACUAUCAAAACUUCUUCACCAACUCGUUGGCAUAGUGUGCUAGCUAUGCUAGAAAGUUUGGCACAUUUUUGUAACAGAGAACCAGUUAAUAAUAUGCUGUCAGAGAUAGGAAAGAGUGAUCUAAAAAUUUGUCAAAGGGAGUGGAACAUAUUAGAAGAUCUUGUCAGAUUUUUACGAAAAUUCCGUGAAGUCGUAGAAAUGUUAUCAACACAGAAGCAGCUUCACUGAAUUUAGCACUGGUGUUUAAUUUGGAAAUCAGGGAUAUCCUUAAUUCAGUGACAGAUGAAGAAACGCUUGUAAUGGUUCAGCUCAAGAACAAAAUGCUGGCAAAGUUAGAAAAAAGAUUCCCAAUCAAUGAUAAAGUUGUAGUUGCGGCGCUGUUGGAUCCUCGGUUUAUAAGCCUGACUCAAAUAGAUACGUACUUGGAACAAAAGAAUAGUACACGUGCUGCAUUUCUCGCUGAGUACAUAAAAAAAGAUAUUGACGUUUCAAGAGUAUCCGCGACCGCGGUUUCUGCUGCUAAUGCUAGUACUAGCUCUGCCGAUGAUUCUUUAUUGGCAAAAUUAACACGCAAACACAGCAGCAGCACCACAUCCACCGUAAACGUAAAUCUUGAAUGUAGCGAAGCUGAUCAGGAGUGCUGGCGCUACUUGACAGCAGCUACUGCAAGCGAUGUCGUAAAUGAAGACAUUUUACAAUACUGGAGGGGGAAAAAAGAAGCUUUUCCUCUUCUAACUGGACUUGCAAGGGAUAUUCUCGCAAUUCCAGCUACCAGCACACCCAGUGAGAGGGUGUUUUCCAUUGCUGGCCUUACCGUAACUGCGAAAAGAUCGCGACUUAGCCCAGGACGCGUGAAUAACAUUUUUUUUAUUCAUAACAAUUUAUUACGAUUUCUGUAAGGAUAAAGAACACACACAGUAAUAAAUGCCUAAUAAAAGUUUUCAUUCAGUCAUACGCAAUUAUUUUUCUUUAAUUUAGUUACUCAAAAUACUCGUACUCAAACCUACUUACCUACUGCUGAAACUGGAUAGCUCCUAGAUUUUUAUUAAAAAAAUACCUACGCCGGCGCGGCGUCGCCACGCCGACCUCGAUAGGCCGGCGCGCCGCCGCCGGGUAAAAGUAGCGCGGCGCGCACGUCUAAUCUGGUGCUACCUGUGUCGAUCAUGAAACGCGCAUUUAUUUCCGGGAUUACUAUAUGUGGUAAUUUUAGGAUACUGUCACAAUUUAGUUGUAUUAACUCGGUGGUUGUGUUUAAAUUUUGGUUCGGGUUGUGUUGCCAAUAAUUAUUAUUAGGCGGAUGGUAUUCAUUGGGUAUGCCAAAUUUGAAAUUAGGUUGUUGCGUAUUAGGUUGGUAUUUAGGCAUACGAUAUUGAUGGUUUGGUAAGCCAAAUUUGAAAUUUGGUUGCUGCGCGACGAAAUUAUUUACGGGCAUACGGUAUUGUUGAUUUGGUAUACCGAAUUUAAAAUUGGGAAGUUGAGGUGGGGCGUUCAAUUUUGUGUUUUGUGAAUUUUGGUUAAACCUGAAACCUGCGUUGGGGAUAAGAGUAUUGACUUUGUUUUGCAUUGGAACAUGAUUCAAAUUCGGGAUUUUAAAUCCGAAUGUCGCAGGAGGCAUGCCAUUUUGUGUUUGUUUAUUUGGCUGUUUCGAUUUGUUUUUCGAUUUGUAUUUCGAAUUGUAUUGGUACUGAAAGUUGGUUUCUUCAGUUACGAUGCCUAAAGCAGUUUCUAAUGUGGCAGCUCCCUUAAACCUUACAACUCUAAUCAAAUCUUCCGGCAAAUUGUAAAGGAAUACGUUCAAGGCUGAGUUGUUAUAGAUUAUCAUUUUUUCUGCCUUGAUUCCUUCAUCGGUAAGUCUAUUUACUUAAGCAAAAAAAAAGCACUCCUAACUUCCUGAAUUUUCUUCUGUCCUGGGGUCGCCAAAAUGUUGAAGCAAAAGUGAUUUUAAAUCGUCCCACGUUAUUAUAUCUUUUCGCUCACUGAGUAAAUACGCAGCUUUCCUAUGAAGCCUGCUGGUAAGGGCAUGGAAUUCAUAUAAAUUUAUUUAUUAUAAUUUAUCAAUAACAAUAUUUCCAGUUUCAGGUGAUGAAUGAGCCAUAUGACUUUCAUUGCAAUCUGGAUGUUCGUCUUUCUCAGACAUCAGAGCAAUCAUCUACUUGUACAGGUGAUAAUGAAUCUGAAAAGAUAGGUAAGUAUACAGUGAAGGUACCUAUUUACUAAUUGGGUAGUGUAUUUCUAAAUAUAUAGGUUAGUAAUUCCAUGAAGGCAAUAAUCCCUGUAUGUAUUGUUCGCAUCACACAGUAUUGCACGAUAAUACAAAUAAAUAACACUUAGUUAAUCUUGUGAAGGUAACAAUCCGAAUGUACUGUUCGCAUCACAAGAAACAAAACCAAAAUACUUACAGGAACUUGAGCUGGAACUAUAUGACCUUCGCUCCCUUUUUCUUAACUUUUCUCGAGUUUCUUUAUUCUUUUCAGCAAACGGUCACUGCUGUCACUAUGUUUCCGUUUUUUCCCCAUUUCAGAGACACUUUUAGGGAAGAUUUAACGGAUUUUUCACAAAAGAAAUAUGUUUAUUUGUUAGAAAUGUAUUCUUUUGUGCAAUCAUCAAUGUUGCAAGGCAUGCCAAUGUUGGUUGUCUAGUAACAAUUUAAAAAGUAAAAGUCAUUUUUUUUUCUUCGACAACUCCGAAAAUGUUAAAAACAAUCAAAGAAGAAACUGAAAAAGAUUUACUUUUGAAAACUGUGUGUCAUUAUUAUAAAAAUGGAUGGCUAAAUAACAAAAAACAAGUAGAUGGAAUGGUAAAGGCUUAUUGGAGCGUACAUACAGAGUUACAUGUUGUAAAUGGAAUUAUAUUCAGAAAUGACCGAGUGGUCAUUCCAGCUUCACUAAGAAAGGAGAUGCUCAGGAGGAUUCAUGAAGGGCACAUGGGGAUAGAAAAAUGUCAGAGGCGUGCGCGCGGCGUGAUGUGGUGGCCGGGCAUGUCGGCGGAUAUAGAACGCGUGGUGGCGAGCUGCGAGGCGUGUGCACGACACCGCGCCGCCCUCCCGCGCCAGCCGCUGCAGCCGCACGCCGUGCCCGACCGGCCCUGGCAGGUGCUCGCUGCCGAUAUAUUUGAAAUACGAGACAAGAGGUACCUUCUAGUUGUCGAUUAUUAUUCUAAAUAUGUCGAAAUAGCUCAGAUACAAAACUUACAGAGUGGAACGACAAUUAAAGCGUUGAAAGAUAGUUUCAGUAGAUUCGGAAUUCCCGAGAAAAUAAUCACCGACAACGGUACUCAGUUUUCAUCGGAAGAAUUUAAAUUGUUCAGCAGGACAUGGGAAUUCAUACAUGAGACUAGUUCGCCUCUAUAUCCACGUUCAAAUGGACUUGCGGAGCGUAAUGUGCGCACGGUGAAGCUGCUUAUGAUUAAAGCAGAAGAAACAGGCGAAGACUGGCAACUUGCGGUACUUAAUUUUAGAAAUUCUCCGGUAACUGGAGAGCAGUACUCACCUGCACAAUUACUAAUGAGUCGUCGUCUGAACACUAGAUUACCAAUUUGUGACAAGAAUCUCCAACCAAAAACUGUGAACAAAGAAACAGUAAAAGCAGACAGACACAGAAGAAUAAAUAAAUACAAAGAAAAUUAUGACAAAGGAACACGACAACUGGGGAGUUUAAAAUCCUAAUGAUCCCGUGAAGAUGAGGAAUAAAAACGUAUGGAUUAAUUCAAAAGUAAUCAGUAACGCUAGAGGUAAUCGCUCAUACUGGGUGGAAACGGAAAAUGGUGGAGUUCUCCGCCGCAAUCGGCAACAUCUGUUAAAUAUACCUAAAUACAGUAAAAACGCACCAGCACAGUCAUUCACUAAACAAGUGAGUCACCGUCCCGCAAGCGUAGACUGGGAGCAUGUCAGCUCAUCUCCUAAUCUGCGCGUCGCAGGUUCGAGUCCCGCGCCGCAAAAUGAAAAAAAAAACACGAAGCGGUAGAAUAGUGCGUCCGCCUACCCGUUAUAACUUCGAUUAAAGACGAUUAUUAAUCAUCAUCACAAUGAACUAUACGUGCAUUUACUAUACAACUUUGAUAUAUUUAUAACUAUGAUCAAUUAAAAAAAUUAAUUAAUUAAUGGAAUUAAUGGAUUAUGGAAUUCUAUAGUCUCUGCUUACCCCGGUGGGAAGUAGGCGUGAGUUUAUGUAUGUAUAUUGUAUGUAUGUAUGAUCAAUUAAUUUGUAAUUUUGCAUAGAAAAAAAUAACUUAUGUUUAAAAUCAUAAAGAUAAGAAGAAGAUAAAGUAAAAAAAUAAUAAAUACAUUUAUUACUUAAAAAAUAUAUGUUCUAAAUUAUAAUCUAUGAUUGUUUAUUUAAUUAACGAUUUUCGUAACGAGUUAGGUAACAAUAGUAAAUACUUAUUGAAUCUUGUAUUGUUAUAUUCAUUCUGCUGUUUUGUUCAGAUACUUUAAGGAGGGAGAUGUAGUAAGUAGGUAGUCUUAGUAUUAUUUAUAAUAUUGUAUGUGGGUAAUCUUGCAUGAAUAAAUCAGUCAUUACAAAGAUGUCGUUUGACUCAGACCCCUAUACUACUACAGUCACUGACAUUUUCUCUCUUCCAUUUCGACUCCAUAUUCUUGUGUACGCGAUAUAUUUUUGUGUGUAAUAAAACCCAGUGUAAUCCUCAUCAACUGUAAACGAUUGUAAUAUUGGACAUAAUAAAACCAACCGAUAUGGGCGACUGAAUACCUGUGCAUAUUUAUUUCGACAAUUCCACGUAACGACAUUAUUUACUUUCAGUGUAGCUAGCGUGUGAACACGAACCACGGCCCGAAAAGUUAGAAUCAACUGACCGAACGUGAAAUAUGUACGGAAAGUAGAGACAUCUAUCUAAUUUUCGGGUGCAUUAAUAUAGCCUCAGUCCCAUUCUGUUCUACGCAUAAUCCUGCCUAUUCCAUUAAUUUUAAAUUUAAGGCAUGGAAAUUAGUUUUCAUGAAAAUACAACCGAAUAAUAAAUUUAUAUUAACAAUAAACAAAUUAAUAAUAAUUCAUCAUGACCAAAAAAUUAAAAUUACUUCUUUUUCAAAUUACGUGGCAUGGCAUGCCACGGAGCGUUAAGUUCGUUUCUAAUUAUCUUUGCGAGUGUGGCAGUUACUGCGGAACACCUGACAGCAGGAGGUGACCUUUCUGAAGAAUGUAGACAAAUAGUACCAAUCGUAAUGUUGUUUGACUUAUCAUAUUCCCAAUGGGAAGAUUUAUAGAGGAACGGUUAGACCGAAAUCCCCUCAUCAUCAGUUAUGGCAAGAUGGGGUGAAAUUUCUAAAAACUGUAAAUUAUUAAAAAAAAAGAGGGCAAUAAAAUACGAUUGAUUGAAAGUACGGUACCAUCUAUUAAAAACUUUAUUAAAACGCUAGAAGGGAUGCAAAGUCUUUGUAAAAUUUUAAGUAGAAAAUAUAACUUAAACGCAAUGCUCACUAAAAAUUUUAACCAAGACCCAGUUGAAAACAUUUUUGGCAAUGUACGAAGUUUAGGAGUGAGAAAUAUUUCUCCCAGUUGCCUCACAUUUGAGGGUGCUUUUACUGAAUAUUUUUUUGACAAAAAUAAUAAAAUGUUGUAAAGUAUGCCGUAGUACAAUGGUUUCUAACAAAUCAACAGGUCUUGAUUAUAUUAGAGCAGAAUAAUACAAUAGGACUUAAACGAUGGCUUUGCUACCUUUCUGAACAAUUGACAAACUGUUUCAAUGAUGUUCAAGAUAUAGCUACAACAUAUAUAAAAACAAAUUCUAAGUUUUCCCAAUAAUUGUGAGAUACAUAACGAGAAUGUAAAAAAUAUUUUUAUGGUAUAGAAUUGAAUUGAUAUUCAGUUGGUGCAAAUCAAUUAAUCGCAUUUUAUCGGGUAAAUUAACAUAAUAGAUGAUUCCAUCAAGCAGAAGGCCCAGAAUUAUUACAAUACUCAUAAACAUAAAAAAUAUUAAGAUAGUUGUAACAACUUAAUGCGCCCAAAUGAUUUCCUGUGAAAUUAGAUAGGUUGUAACAACCAUAUUAUAAUUCAUAAUCAUAGAUUUUGGUGUACAAUAACUAAAAGAAAUAGUUUAACUUUAUUAACCAAUGAUCUUUAUGUUAGCCCAAAGCAAGCAAGGUAUUAACAUGGUUUAUUAAUACCUAUCUACUUGUACAAGAAACCUGAUACUUAUCAAUAAAAGUAAUUGUAACUUGGAUUACUCUGAAGAUCCCCUAUUGUUUGUUUGUCACAAAAAUAAAACAUAUGUGUCAAUUUGAUUUCUGUUUCACUUAUUUAUAUGGAGAACUAACUAAAAUUUUACCUACAACUGACCUCUUUAUCAUUUUCUUUGAUGUUUAAGAAAUAUUAUUGUAAAUUUAAUAAA